AUGCGUUUCGGUGCAAAUCGUGUAUGCCAUUCAUCCACAACUUCAACAAAUUCACUUGUGCCGCAAGCACGCAAGACUUCACGUAUAUCGCAACUACGUGAUUUGACAUAUUACAAGGAUGUGAAAAAUUGGUUUGUGGAAAAUCUACGAAAUUAUUGCAACACAACAUCAUUGCAUGGUUUUAACUAUAUCACACGCAAAGGUAUUACCAGCAAGGAACGUAUUUUCUGGAUAUCCGUUGUGGUAAUAUCAAUAGUCGUAUCCAUUGUUUUGGUUAUUGUCUCCUGGCUAUGGAAUCGAGAAACCCCAACAGUGACAGUAAUUGAAAGUUCGCAUUUUCCUACAUGGAACAUACCAUUUCCGGCUAUUACAAUUUGUAACUUCAAUAAAAUAUCGAAAUACAAAGCUAUUCACUUGGCAAAAACUCUGAAUCGACCGGCGAAUUUAACAGAAGCAGAUUUACUUAAUCUCUUUCGUAUAACGAUGUAUUUCAGUUUCGCUGUUAAUCAUACGACGGAAGAAUAUCAGACUCUUGAAAAAGUUUUGCAACAAAAUGAUCUGACUAUAAAACAGUUGAUAAUGGGUCUAUCCCCUGAUUGCAUGCAGAUGAUUUCACGUUGUAUAUGGAAAGGAUCAAAUACACGUUGCGAUAGCCUUUUUCAACGCGUUAAUACUACAGAAGGCAUUUGCUGUUCAUUUAAUUAUUUUGGACGAACCACUAACAAUUUUCCUGAAAAAAUUGCUUACCAAGUCCCAAAACGACCAUAUCGGGUUACUGGUUGUGGUUAUCCCACAGGUCUCUCCGUUAUACUGAAUCCAAUGGCGGAUGAUUAUUUUGGAACUUAUUUCAGCAGUUAUGGUUUCCGUUUACUUAUACACGAUGCAUAUAACUUUCCUGACGAGAAUGCUGAAACAAAGGUAGUAACUGCUACAAGAGAAUGUUUUGUGCGGAUUAAUCCAGAAUCCACUUAUGCAACAAGUGAUAUAAAAACAAUGGAUAUGACAUUACGAAAUUGCUUAUUUUCCAAUGAGCGCCGACUUUCAAUAAUGCAACGCUACUCAUUUAUCAAUUGUAUGACAGAGUGUCGUGUAAGCAUACUUUUUCAGCGUUGCGGUUGCGUGCCCUAUAACCUACCAAACAAUGGUAAUUUACCGACAUGUGGACUUAAGCAGAUUUCUUGCAUAAUUGAGAAUAGAGAAAUAUUUACUAGAGCGCUACCAACGCUCAAUGGAACUGUAUCCAUCGUGAGACAAGACAAUACUACUAAAAUAUUUCCUUGCAAUUGUUUACCGGACUGUGAAGUAAAUCACUAUCCUUCGGAAAUAACAAUGGGGCGAUUAAAUUCAAAAUUAACAUUUAACAGAGAGAACGCUAUCAAAACGAAUAAUAUGAAUGAUAAUAUAUUGCUACACGUAUUCUUCAGCGACUUGAUGGCUACUCGUUAUCGUAUGGAAAUAUUUCAAAAUUGGUUAUCCGCAUUGGCUUCGUUUGGUGGCUUAUUGGGAUUAAUAAUGGGUUUCAGUAUUGUCGCGGCAUUUGAAUUUCUAUACUUUUUAACAUUCCGGCCAAUAUUUAAUUAUUUCAACGAAUAA